GGGGGGAGUCAGGGCCGGCCGGCGAACCCCGGGGACGGGAUGGAACGGGACGGGCCCCACCGGUAGCCCCUGGGGAUGGGAUGGUCUAGGGGGUCCCUGCUCACCGCGCAGCAGCCGCGUCUCCAGCGCCUCCCGGACGCGGCCCCAGGCCACCCCCGCCGGUUUGUACACGGCGAACAGCCCGGCCAGCCCGGCCGCCGCCAUGGCCGCCGCCCCGCCCCGCUCCGGGCGCUUCCGGGGCAGCGGCGGGGCCGAACCGGGAAUGCGGCAGCUGCUGCUGCGGGCGGCGCGGGCCGGGGUCCCGCUGCUGCUGCGGGGGGGUCCCGCUCACCCAGGCAGAGCCCGGCCGAGCCACAGCGAGCCGCGGGGCCGGGAUGGACGCGGCGAGGAGGAGGAGGAGGAGAUGGAAGGGUGGCAGCAGCUGUACCCCGGGCACAUCCCCACCAGCCCGCUGCAGAAGGCGCUGCUGGCCGCCGGCUCCGCGGUCAUGGCGCUCUAUGACCCCUACAGACACGACAUGGUGGCAGUCCUUGGGGAGACCACAGGCUGCCUGGCCCUGCCAAACCUGCGAGACAAGAUGAAAAACCACCCUGAAGGUUACCGCAUCCUCCAGGAACGGCCUCGCAUCCGUCUGUCCACCCUGGACAUGGCCGGGCUGCAGGGGCUGCCGGAGGGCUCGCUGGGCCGGGAAUAUGUCCGGUUCCUGGAGGACAACAAAGUUUCUCCAGACACGCGGAUGCCGCCCAAGUUUGUCGACGAUGAAGAGCUGGCGUACGUGAUCCAGCGGUACCGGGAAGUGCACGACCUGAUGCACACCCUCCUGGGCAUGCCAACCAACAUGCUGGGCGAGGUGGUGGUGAAGUGGUUUGAAGCCAUCCAGACGGGGCUGCCCAUGUGUGUCCUGGGAGCAGCGUUCGGCCCUGCCCGGCUCAGCUCACGAAAGCUGCAGGUCCUGGCCACCGAGCUGGUUCCCUGGGCGAUUCGGAGCGGGCUCAACUCCAGCUGUUUCCUGAACGUCUACUACGAGCAGCGCUGGGAGCAGCCGGUGGAGUCCCUGCGGGCGGAGCUCGGCAUCCUCCCUCCCCCGGCCGUCCGAGUGUGAGAGCUCCUGCGGGGACGGCCCAGGGGAUCCCGGCUGGCAGCAGCAGCCUCAGCCGCUCUCCAAACCCUCCUGCCCUGCCCGCAGCACAGCGUGGCUGCAGCUCUUCCACCAGGGGCCCGAGGGCUGUGUUUCCUCCUGCCAAGAGCUGGCUCCAGCCUGUUGGCAGGGGCCAGCUGGCACCUCCCUGGGCUGUGACAAAACCUCAGCCUGUUUGUGAUUUUGGUUGUGGGAUGUCAAGGUCAGAUGUGCCUUUGCCAGCUGGUCUGGCUGCUCAGCUCUGCCAGCAGCAGCAUUCCGGUACUGAUGCUCCCAAGUGCUGGGAUGGGGAGGGAGCAUGCUGCAGCAAAUGGAUGCCUUGGCCCUCUGCAGCCCCAAGGCUGUGCAGGUAAAUCCUUCCUGCCACCCUUCCCAUCCUGGGAAGAUUGAGGCUUCAAAUCUUGGGGCUGCCCUGUACUGGAGCUAAACCCAUGAUUUUCCAGAGGAGCACAGGGGCAGGUUUGGUGUGUGCAGUGGUGAAAUCCCAUUUUGUACUGGUGCCUGACUGGUCUCCUGUUGGGUCACAUUGGAUGUGCCUCACUUCCUGCCUCAGAGACCAGGCAGUGUGUGAUUGUACCCACAGGGCAGGCACGGAAAUACCUUUGGAUAUUUCUCCUCCUGGAUUGGCUGUUUUGAGAGCUGAUCCUAGUCUGCUGUGUCUCCCUGUAGUCCCUCCCCAUCAAAAAUUAUGAAAUCCACAUGAUUGUGCUGGCUGUUCAGUAGGAAUCAUCCCUUCCUUGGGCAACAAAAUGACACAGUUGGGAUGAUGGGAUUGAAUCCAGUGAGUGCAGAAACAGCGGCUGCUGGUGCUGUGUCUGGGAGCUGAUUGCUGUCUGGGUUAAUUAAACUGCUCCAGACUGCCAGCAGCCAGGGAGCAGAGUUGCUGUAUGUGAUGGCAAAGAGUCACGAGGCCAGGGGCUCUUUGUUCAUGUGUGUUUGCUGUUGGAAUUCCUUCUUGUUUAAUAAAUCCAUACUGGGGCUUGUAGUUCAUUACCCCUGUCCUUUUGCCCCAUCUCCCCUUGUGAGCUGGAGACCUGAUGUGAAACCUGAUCCUUUUUGGCUCCAGCAGGUUUUCUUCCUGCCCCCCAGGCUUCCUUUUUCUAAAUUCUCCCUGCAUCAGCCACCCCA